GAAGAAAAAAACUCAGGAAUUACAGACAGGCAGUUUUCCAGCCCGCUAUUUGUGGGGUCCUUUUAGCCCAAAAAGAACGUAAACAAACGAAUACAGUUAAAACUAACAGUCUGUUGCGGUAUUUUAAUGCAUUUACAGCAUUAGUCCGGUUUUGGUAGCGUUCAAAGAUUUCCAAUUUAUCCUUAUGUCGCUGUAAAUAGCCUUAGCGGCGUUCUUUCUUACACUUUAUGUCACCAACACAGUGCAAUGAGGCUAGCUGAACUCUGUAGCAUCGCCUGCUGGAGUGGUUGUCAUAUUUUCAGUUAAAGUCAUGGAUGGUUACCCCGGAGUCACCGACAGUGAUCCAGCAAAGCUGCAGGAAAGACAUUACUACCUGCUGUCUGAACUGCAAGCUUUAGUCAAGGACUUACCCAGCUCCUUCCAGCAGCGUCUGACCUACAACCACCUGAGUGACUUGGCUUUAGCCCUCAUUGAUGGGACGGUAUAUGAGAUUGUGCAGGGCCUCCUGGAUAUUCAGAAUCUGACAGAAAAAAAUCUCUACAACCAAAGGCAGAAGCUGCACUGUGAACACCAAGCGCUCAAACAAGACAUGGUCCGAAAACACAAGGAGGCAUUACAGUCGUGCAAGUCGCACAACCUGGCGCUUCUCAAGUCGACCCAGCAAACUGAGGUUGAGGCUCUGGAAGUUCGGGUCCGCGAGGAACAAAAGAUGAUGGAUAAGAAGAUUGUAGCAGAAAUGGACCAAAAAGUGAUUGACCAGCAGAACACCUUGGAGAAGGCAGGAGUUCCAGGGUUUUACAUCACCACUAACCCUCAGGAGCUGAUGAUGCAGAUGAACUUGCUUGAACUGAUUCUGAAGCUUCAACAACAGGAUUCCCAAGCUGGACUUCUAUGAGAACUAUCACGGAGGUGCGACUGUGCCAAAAGGGACAUUAUUUUCCAAUGUCUCAGUUACAGAAGACCAAAAAGAGCUGAACAUGUGUCCUUCGGUGACCAACACUGCUCUCACACACCUAAAAGAAAGACUUUGGGCCUGAAGCAAAGCAGGUUUAAAGGCACGUCACAGUUUUGAAGUGAAGUGAUCCCAGUUCUAUGUACUGUAAACGAUGUACUGUAAACUUUCUUCAGGAUGCUUUGCCUCUUAUUUAUUUCUGCGACUUUAAAGCCAGGUAACACUUUUGUUAAACACACGUGUAUCUCUUUUUGCCAUUUUUGAGAAAUAAAUACAAUGUUUAGUUUAGUUAAAAUACUUGUUUUCUACGUUAUGUUCCCUGUGUACAUAAAGUUUGAUCUGUUAGUUCA